CCUCCGGUUAGAGUGGGCGGGGUUCUGCGCACGCGCGAAUGCUGCGUUCCAUUAUAGAAGUUCCCAAUGUGGUACCCUGCGAUACACACGUUUAACCAUUAUCAAGCACAAGGACAUCCCGGACACGAGCUGUUACUGAGUCUGAAUUUCAAAUAUUGUGGUCCAGUGUGUCUCCUGAACCCGUGUGUGUAUGUGAGAGGGAGCGUGUCCACAUCCCAGCGUAGCAGUUCUCUCCAGUCAUGGCUCCAGCGGUGGGCGGGCCGGUAGGGUACACCCCUCCAGAGGGGGGCUGGGGCUGGGCGGUGGUGGCCGGGGCCUUCAUCUCCAUCGGCUUCUCCUACGCCUUCCCCAAGUCCAUCACCGUGUUCUUCAAGGAGAUCGAGGUGAUCUUCAACGCCACGCCCAGCCAGGUGUCCUGGAUCUCCUCCAUCAUGCUGGCCGUCAUGUACGCAGGGGGUCCGAUCAGCAGUAUCCUGGUGAACAAGUUUGGCAGUCGACCAGUCAUAAUGGUGGGAGGCUGUCUGUCGGGCUCGGGGCUCAUAGCUGCUUCCUUCUGCAACAGCGUGGAGCAGCUCUACUUCUUCAUCGGCGUGGUGGGAGGUCUGGGCUUGGCCUUCAACCUGAACCCGGCCCUCACCAUGAUCGGCAAAUACUUCUUCAAGCGGCGGCCCAUCGCCAACGGCAUCGCCAUGGCGGGCAGCCCCGUGUUCCUGUCCACGCUGGCGCCCCUCAACAGCUGGUUCUUCGACCAGUUCGGCUGGCGGGGCAGCUUCCUCAUCCUGGGGGGCCUCCUGCUCAACUGCUGCGUGGCCGGCUCCCUCAUGAGGCCCCUGGGCCCCGACCCCCAGCCCGCCAAGUCCCAGGACGCCACCGAGCUGGGCGAGAAGGAGAAGGAGGCGGCGGCCUCGGCGGCGGCGGCGGUGCCGCCCAAACGCACGGCACUGGAGCGGAUCAACGGCGUGAUCGACCUGACGCUGUUCAAGCACCGGGGCUUCCUGCUCUACCUGCUGGGCAACUUCAUCAUGUUCUUCGGCCUCUUCUCGCCCCUCGUCUUCCUCUCCAACUACGCCAAGAGCAAGGACAUCAGCAAGGAGAAGGCUGCCUUCCUGCUGUCCGUGAUGGGCUUCGUGGACAUGGUGGCCCGGCCCUCCAUGGGCCUGCUGGCCAACACCAAGUGGGUCCGGCCGCGCAUCCAGUACUUCUUUGCGGCGUCCGUCCUGUACAACGGCGUGUGUCACGUGCUGGCGCCGAUCUCCGUGGACUACAUGGGCUUCGUGGUGUACGCCAUUUUCUUUGGCUUUGGGUUCGGCUGGCUGAGCGCCGUCCUGUUCGAGACCCUGAUGGACCUGGUGGGGCCCCAGAGGUUCUCCUCAGCCGUGGGGCUGGUCACCAUCGUGGAGUGUGGGCCUGUGCUGCUGGGACCACCACUACUGGGCCGCUUCUAUGAUAAUUACCAGAGCUACGACUACACCUACAUGAGCUGUGGCAUCAUCCUCAUCAUCUCCAGCGUGUUCCUCUUCGUGGGCAUGGGCCUCAACUACCACCUGCUGGACAAGGAGAAGAAGGAGGAGGAGAAGAGGGAGAGGGAGGAGCCCAAGGAGGAGCGCACGGCCAUGCUGGAGGCCCCCAGUCCUUCCAAGGAGGAGGAGGAGGAGGAGGAGGAGAAAAAGGAUGGAGGGGCAGAGGGAGAAAACGGCCAGGCUACCAUCUCGUUGGCAAAUGUCUCCAAGAUGGAUGAGGACACAGUCCUAUAGGGGCACGGACCUGAGACACAUGGCCGCACGCACACACACACACACUCCAGACGAACGACAAACAGGAGCUCAUGCAAACAAAAACGGGUCAUACAUGUAAACUCCAGCCAGCCAGACAGAUGUAUUUCUGUAUAUACUCACACCCUCACAAACCUGCCUUGGUCUUACAAGACACAGGUUCCCCCCCUCCUGCGUUUGGUAGUGGUGGUGUUGCGUCGCUGUAACAACGUUUAGGAUUUAUCUCAGGGUCUUUGGUCCUGAGUUUUUCAAAAAGGUGCACACCCAUCUUCUGCUUUCAUCUGUUUUUCAACCCCCCCCCCCCCCCCCCCCACACACACACACACACACACACACACGCACACGCACACACGCUCUCAGUACUCAAGAUAUGUAUGUGACUCUGAAGUUCACAUGCUUGGUAGCCUUGUGUGGCUGGACUUCAUCUCGUUGUCAAUGCUCUGGGAGCCUGGAUGAAGGGAGUUGUGCAGAGAGGCAGUUUGAUCUCUGUUUUUAGAUAAUAUAGGUAAUAAUUCAUAUA